CCUCAGAGGCUGACUCUGAGAGAGGAUGAGAGAGAAGUGAAGCGAGUAACAGCAGCGUUCUAUUCUCCAGCACUGCAGAAUCCACGCACUGACAAGGCUCACAUUCCCCAUCAUUUGAGGAGGGGGGGGGCAUUUCUGCCCGCCUUUCCUCUUCCCUGGACUCUGGCACAGAUUGGAUUGAUGCACCGAUGCACUGGUUUCAUCCUUCAUACCUCCAAGCUGGCUUGUCUACCUUCCUCUUACCUUCGAACUGGCCUUCCCUCCUCCUCUCUCCCCCUCCACUGCUGUAAGUGGAUCGGCCAGACCUCCACCAGAGUGACACAGACAUGGGCUGUCGGUUCUCUGGACAGGGACAGUGGGCUGACAAUGGGAAUGGGGUCAAAGGGCGUGACCUGUCUCAUCUCAGCCACCGAGAGGCGUUGCAGUUCCGGGGGGACGGCUAUGAGCAGCCAGUCACUACACAGAUUGAGGGGAGGCACCGGCGAGGGAGAAGGCGUCAUCACUCCCAGUACCCAGUGUCUGACUGUGGCACUCAGACGGAGCAGCAAUCCUGGGAGGCUCUGAGGGCCCUAGGGGGGGUGGAGGGGGCCGGGCCUGGCCUCGGUGCCUACGCUUCUGGACCUUACUAUGAUCACAUGACCCUUUCACCAGAACUCUAUGCAGCCAAUGGAUACCUCCCCAGUGUUGCCUACAAUCUGGAGGACAUUAACAGGAUAGAGUAUGAUGAUGAUCCAGAGAUGAUGAAUAACCAGCCCAAUAACAGGAACUGUCUGAUUGACUGCUGUAACACUGAUAAUGAUGAGCCUAGCAGCUUCCUGAGCCAGAGUGAAUAUGAGGGCCACUGGCUGGACAGGCCUCUGAAUUACCUACCCCUCCACGAGCUUGACAGUGGCCUGGGCUGCACCGACGGCAGCCUCCACCAGGGGGACCUGUCCGACCCAGAGACAGAGGAGGGGGUAGAGGCCCCUAUGUCCUCUCCUCCAGGAAACACCAGCCGGGGAAGCUCUCCCUCCUCUGAGUCCCUCCUUUCGUCAGAGCUCAGUGACUCUGGCUUCCACAGCGUCAGCACAGGGGAGUUCCGCCACUUCCAGAAGAUUAUAGAUGGGAGGAUCCACAACUACCGGAGUCGCGUCAUGCCCCGGGAACAGAGAUCAAAGUCUCGCUGGGACCUGGAGUCCAUCCCUGAGACCCUGACCUGUGACCCCCAGGCUGGCAGAGCCGCAGACGGAGUUCACACAGCCAUGACCCACCAGUGCACCAUGGGUAGUAGCUCCAUUCAGUUCCGCAAAGCCAGGAGCCCCCAGCUGAGCAGGCAUGGCACUGGGUUUGCUCCUAGGGUUGCUGCCUCCAGCUGCCGUACAGAACCCUGCCAGAGGAGAGCAUUGAUGCUGAACCAGCACUCUUCUGAGGACCUCCCCAGCCGCAGCCAUACCGUGCAUGACUUAUCAGACAGGAGACGGGCCAGCCACCCAGCCCUGUCCGCUGGGAACACUGCCACAGGGAAAUACAGACACGUAAACGGACAACCACCCAGCAGCCCAAACCACCUAGCCGUGCCCACUGAGAACUCUGGCACAGGACAAUACAACAGGGGGUUCAACACAGACAUCAGUGAGAAGAGGAGAUGUCCACUGAGUGACCAUGUGGAAGGCACCUGGCAAGGAUGUAUGGGUGACCACAGAAGCAGUAUGGCCAGUGAGGAAUAUAACAGUGAGAAACGGGGUCUUUCCAAGAGUCCCUCAAAGAAACAGCCUGGGAAGGAGCCAGCAGACUGGCGUCAGUUUGCGACACUGGGACAUCCUCACAUUGGUGGGGACUGGCCCCAAGCAGACUGCCCCUGCGGUCCCCUCUAUAGCACGCUGGAUGGGCCCUCUGUCCGCUCCAGGAGGGGUCUCUCUGGGAAUCCCCGGGCGGUGAGGAACCAGCUCCUGAAGGCACGGGCCUCUCGGCUGGCUGACGAGCGCAGUGAGGUCACCACGGACGAGGAGGCCCGCGGGGAGGCCUGGGCAGGUCGCUACUGGAACAGAACGGAGCGCCGGCGCCACCUGGCGUGGGCCCGGGAGCAGAGGCAGAGGAAGCUGAACCGUGGGGCUGAGGGGGCAGGGGAGAAUGGGGCUGGAGGUACAGGGGUUGCUGGGGGCCUUGGGGGUGCAGGGGGUCCUGGAGGAGGCUGCAGCACAGUGCUGGAGCUCAGCCACAGGAAGCAAAGCCGUCUGAGGAACCAUAAACUGCUGGAUGACUGGACCACAGUGGAGGAGCUGCUGACUCAUGGGACAAGGGUGGGGCAGCGGGACAACAUCCUCGGUCACAGCCCUCUGUUGUCUGUCACUACUGUAUAAUGACACAUUAAGAUAAGGGGUGUGUGUGUGUGUGUGUGUGUGUGUGUGUGUGUGUGUGUGUGUGUGUGUGUGUGUGUGUGUGUGUGUGUGUGUGUGUGUGUGUGUGUGUGUGUGUGUGUGUGUGUGUGUGUGUGUUUGUCCUACUGAUUGUGAAGAGGGUCAGUGAUAUGACUACAGUUUGACUAUCUCUUGUUCUCCACUCAUGUUCCUGGACACAAACCUACAGCAGUAGUUGUCUAACAGACUCGACCAAUGGCAGUAUUAAGCAAUCUAAAUGGUAGUAUUCACUGGUUACUUUAAAGCUAGCUACGUGGGGUUUUGGGUUAGCUACUGCACAGAAGAUAUAGCUGCGUUUUAAUGGUGUUGACUCCUUUCAUCAAUAGACACCUUUUACAGUUAAAUACAAUCUAAUUUGCUUGUUUGCCCAACGAGUGGAUAAAACCAUAUCACUGUAAUUAAAUCAACAAAACAUGUAUUGGAAAUCAUUUCAUAUCGUUGCAUCACAUUUGGCUAGCUCAAUGUGACCUCGUUUUAAAACCACAUAAUUGUAGUGAUACAGACUUUAUAUUUUGUAUGAAACCUCAGGUAGUAAAUGAUGUGUUGUACUGUAUAUCUACUGCACAUGGACAAGAGUCCCAUCUCACUCACAUGAGAAAUGCACUGUGAACUGUUGACUCUUUCAAGAUGCACAUCCCCCCCAAUAAAGUGUGUCUACGGUCAUAUCAUGUGUAAUAUUCACCUCAUGAUAAGUUGCACAAUCAUUGUGUGUGGUCAUGAAACAUUCUGAUGUUCUUGUUUCACCUCUUUUUACAGCCUGUGUUGAAUAAGAAGACAAAGUACCUUUAUUCCCAGCAUGUAGACUAUCCUCAAUACAAACCUGGCAACUGGACAAUGACAGCACUAUUUCACAUGUCACCUCUCUAACUGGGCUUGGAUUCACAGGGCUGAUUUUCCCCUGACACCACUCUUUGUCAGUCAGACAUUUGUGAGUGCUGUCGUAGUGAUGUGUCACAACAUUUCAGACAAGAGUUACUUAUGGUUUGGGGUUUUGAUGUUUAGCUUGAUGUUGUGGUCCAGAACACCUCUGAUUAGUGUUGCAUGACAUAAAACAAAAUGUAGAACUCUAUUCACAUAAAACCAAUUGAAAGUUGUUCAUUUGCAGACACAAAAUAUGAUCAAAUCGUGUUAACAAUUAUCAAAUGGUAUCAAAUGCACGUUCUAGCCUGGAAUAUGAUCGUAUAACGGUUUCCAUUUGUCAUGUGGAUAAGCCCUGUGUGUCCAAGCCCUGCUCUUGGUCUUAAAGAUACAUUUAUGGCUGCGAUGGACACAUAUCAUGGUUGUUAUGAAUACUUUAUUUUGAGUGCUCAAAUAAAAAUGUUGAAAUGCA